CGUUGCGUCGUGUUACGAUAUUGUAAUAACCACGGACUCGUUCGCCGGUGCAUAAUAAUAUUAUUGCAUAGGUACACCCACAAGUCGGUCGCGUCCGAGUAUAUUCGUGUUGCUUUUUUAAAUUAUUUCUCAAACGUGUUGUUCGACGAUCGCGCGACAUAAUAACAACCGCAUAUCGUUCGAAUUGUGCAUGCGCGCGCGUCCGUCGCGGCAUUCCCGGUUUUCCUAUUAUCGGGGAAACCAGCUCACAACCGACCGCGGCCCGCGUAACUCGCCCGCCCGCGAAAAUAUGCCGCGCCCGAGUCGCGACUCGUACGGCGACCAAAAACCGCCGUACAGUUACAUAUCGCUGACGGCCAUGGCCAUAUGGAGCUCGCCCGAGAAAAUGCUGCCGCUGUCCGACAUCUACAAGUUCAUCAGCGACCAGUUCCCGUACUACAGGCGGAACACGCAGCGCUGGCAGAACUCGCUGCGGCACAACCUGUCGUUCAACGACUGUUUCGUGAAAAUCCCGCGGAUGCCCGACAGACCGGGCAAGGGCGCCUACUGGGCCCUGCACCCGGCCGCCCUGGACAUGUUUGAAAACGGGUCGCUGUUGCGGCGGCGCAAACGGUUCAAGCUGGUCAAGUCCGACAAAGACAGGUACGAUAAAACGUGUGUGAUAUUUUACGUAAACCAUAAUAACAUCGCGGCGUACACGGGCGUGUUACACCUGUACCGCGCUUUUCUCGUUUCGCGGACACGGUAGAUAAUAAUAACGGUAUUUUUUUUUCAUAUUUGUCCUCCGCGCAGAUUGGACAACGAGUUGAUCGCACUGGCCAAUAAUUUAGCGCACAUGCAGCGCAACCAUCCGGCCAUGUCGGUGACCGCCGGGGCUUCGUCGACGUGUUCGCCGGUCCGACACUCGUCGUCGCUGUCGUCGGGCGCGUCGUCCGCGUCUUCGUCGUGUUCGUCGUCCGCGGCCGGCAGCCCGCCGCCUCAUCACCACCAGCAUCGCGACCGUCCGCACCACUACCGGCGGCGUCCGAAUCACGACCUCCAGCAGCAGCAACACCAGCAGCUGCUGAACGGCAUGACGGCCGUGGACGCGGUGUGCGCCACCAAACCGGCGGUCAAGAGACCGUUCGACAUCGAGAGUCUGAUCGGACCCGAUCCGCGGACGUCGCCGCGACCGCCGCGGUCGUCCUCGCAGGCGCCGGCCGCGACCGCCACGGCCGCCGACGAUACGGACGACGACGAUAUCUUGCGUCGGUUCCCGUCCAUCGUGCCGGCCGCGUACACGGCCCCGUUGAUGGUGCCGUACGCGUUUCAUCAAGCCGCCGCGGCGGCAAUCGCGUUCCAAGACCACCACAACAAUCACCACCACCACCACCACCAUCACCAACAGCAACAAUUGCACCAUCAUCUGCAGUUGCAACAGCAUCACCACCAGCAACAACAGCAAAACUAUUUACGGUACGCGGCGGCGGCGUCCGCAUAUUUUCCUGCACACAACUGAUGAAGACGCGUCUCGCCGUCGGUUCUCGUCGCGCGCGUCGGUACGUGUUAUCUACUAGAUGUAAUUAAAUAACGACAUAAUGAUAUUGUGUGUAACGCUGUUAGUGUGGCGCUCGAAUUGGGACGGAGGGGCGGGGAUAACUCGGUUGUUUCACUCCGGUCACAAUAAUAAUUCGCUCGCCGCAGAUUUUUCAGUAAACUGUUCGGUUCGCGUAACGCGGUACGAGCCGAUUCCGGCCGAUAAUAUGUUGUUCGCGUCGGUUAUCGGCCCGUUUCGCGCACGAUUACGAUAAUCGUAAUAUUCCAUAGCCGCGAGAAAUCGUUUAGUCCGCUAGAAACGGAUUUUUCCGUUUCCGAUACAAUUUACUACUGUACAUUGCCGACCGAGUUCCCACCCGUAUGCUUAACGGCGAUUCUUCCCGAUUCGAGUGCGCCAAAUUAGGACCCCGGUAUGAUUAUUGUAGCGGCGAAUGCCGUGACAAUUUUUUAAAUAUACGCGACAGCGUGUUCUCACGCGAUAUCGCACGCGCGUUUAGUCGCGAUAUGAUAUUAUUAUUAAAUACGCACAGGGAUGGGCCGAUUAGAAUUUUUCACAGACGUCCGGUUGUGUACCGAUUGAAACCGACGAUAACCGCGUUGUAUAUAUACCGGUUAUUCAUCCACUGUGUCAUCGUCGUCGUCGUCGUCGUUGUUUUCGGCGAAAAUCCCGAAACGGUAAUUUAUUAUUACGGCAGUAAAAACGGACGGUGCAUUAUAAUCGACCCGGUCGAGGUUAAAAUAAAAAAAAAAAAAAAAGAGAAAGAUUUGUCGUUGAGAGCUUAAAAAGAACGCGAAAUUUCAUGUACGGGUGUUCGACAAUAAUAAUUGCAUACGUUUCGCGGCCCGUCGGCGGUUAUAACGGCCGUCGCGGACACUAUAGUAGCCGGGGGAGGGCUUAGGGGCUCACUAACGUGCCGUAUAGCGUACGCGUAUGUGUGUUUGAGUAAUUUUUAUAACGAAUCCACCACCAGAGAUUAAAAAAAAAAAAAAAGGUCGCGAAUCCGUGUGCUCGUGCGUAUAUUAUAACGUUACACAACCGAUUGUAAAUACUCGAGACAAACGCGCCCCUCCCCCUCCCCCUUACAAGAUUCGAUGGUUCGGUUUUGAACUCGGGCACAACCGGAUGUUCGCAAACGUAAAAGCGACCACUGGAAAAACGGCUAAACCGUUGAGUUUGUUAUUAUAUUAAUCUGCUUUGCAACGGUGUAUUUGAUCAUAUUGCGGACGGUUAAAACCGUUAAAUUUUAUCGGACGCGUUCGAUCGCGUCUCUAAUGGUACCGUCGGUUUGUUCUUUUCUUUUUCUUUCCUUCUUCCGGUUCGAAAUCGGCCCGGCCCCGUAGAUUUUGUUAUUUGUCAUGAUCUCGUACGCGCGCGCGUCUUGUUUGCGCCGUCGGAUAUCCGCGUGUAGAUUUUCCUACGCGUACACCGCAUCAGGCGAUUCUUUUAUCCGCGAAUCAUCGUUACACUUAUACCUUUUCGUCCCCGACUGUUACGACUGGGUCGUUUAAUCUGUUUAAACGACAUUUUAAUAAAAAAAAACUCCCCUUUCGCAUUGGCCAUCGUUUCGGUGUGUUCAAACGGCAAUGCCCCGAUUCGCGGGGGCGGUGGGUGGGAGGAAAUAAUUAUUUCCCCGCGAAAUGUCGAUACGCGCAAUAAUUACCAUAAUGUUAUAACGUCGGAUUUACCGCGGUUAACGACUGCAGAUAACAACUUAUACCUAUAACAUAGAAUUUAGACCGGACGAGAGUAGCAUUAAUUGUUAUUAUUAUUAAUCGAUCGCGGUACCUCAUUACCCGUGUAAUAUUAUUAUGAAUUACGAUAAAAGAAUCGCUCUGUAUACGAAUAUCGAGUAUAUAAUAUUAUUACUAAUAUACAGGUAAGUUCCAUUCGAUGUUUGCGGUAUAAUGUUAUGUACGCACCGUUACGAUACAUUUUAUAGUAUUAUUAUUGUAUGUUUUUUGAACGUGUACUUGUUCGGGAAUUAUAUUAUAUUUGUUUGUUGUUUUUUUUUUUUUUUUUUCGUAUUCUUAAGGUCUGUACAAAAAUGUAACUAUAUAUUAUAGCCAUCUCGAUCAUCGUCCACUCCCGAAAUAUUUUGUAUACGCGACCGCGUCAGCUAUAUAACGUAACAGCAAUAAUAUGACGCGUAUCGGAAUUAGUGAUGAAAAAAAAAAGAAAAAAAAAAAGUACCCUACGGUAAAUACUGAUUGUGGUAAAAAAAAAUAAAAUAAUAAUAAGAAAAAAAAAAUGCAGUAGUUUUUAGUCAUUCUGUGAUGUAGUUUUUAACGUGCCUAUUUUAUAUUAUAUAUGUAUAGAUAUUAUAUUACGUAGUUUUAAUAUUAAUUUUAUUAUAGUUAUAGUUGUACGCGGUUACAAUAUAAUAUUAUGCGUAUGCAUUAUUAUAUUAUUAUUGCAGGUAUUUUCGCAAUUAAAAAUAAUAAUAUGCAUUUUUUUUUUACGAGUAUAUGAACUGAACGCGUGUUAUUUUUAUACAACUGCGAACACUCAUUAUUAUUAUUUGUUUUUUUUUUUUUUAGUUUUUAUCAUAGAUCAAAUCUACGGUUUUAUAAUUAUUAUAAUAAUUAUCAUUAUUAUUAUUUUUAAACGACUAUUAUACGUACUCUGUUACCCCACCUAUAUAUUAUAUUAUUAUAAUACAUUAUACUAUAUACUUAAACAAUAUACUCGUGUAAAUAUUGAAAAAAAAAAAAAACUAAUAAAUAUUUAUUUAUAUUAUAAAUUAUUACAUUAUUAUUUACUCAAAUAGUACAAUAUAAUUGUGUAGAUUAGAUUGUUGUAGAUAUUAUUAUUAUUAUUAUUAUAGGCCCGCCUGUAUGUGGGAUGUGGGAGAUUCGCAAUGUGACCGUCGAAUAAAAGUGCAAUUUUCGUAUUUACAUCAAA